CUGCGGCCCCGCCGGCCCCCGCGGCCAGGCGUCGUGCGGGCGGUGCAUCCGGGUGACCAACACGGGGACGGGGGCGCAGAUCACGGCGAGGAUCGUGGACCAGUGCGCCAACGGCGGGCUGGACCUCGACUGGGACACGGUGUUCGUCAAGAUCGACACCGACGGCAUGGGGUACCAGAGGGGCCACCUCAUCGUCAACUACGAGUUCAUCGACUGCCGCGACAACCACAUCAACUUCCAUGGGAAGAACGAGACGCUCCCAGCCAGCACUCAUGCUGUUGAGUAAUUAAAAGCUACUGUAGUAGCACAUGUAUGAUGCUCAGAUGCUGCAUUGUUGCGCUGUACGCACACAUGUAUGCAUGCAUGGCACGGAAGUUGAAUAAAUCAAACGGGAAGUGGAAUAAAUUUCAUGUAUGGAUCUUAUGGUUGUAAGUUGUAACAGCGGAAAGUGGAAUAAAUCUCAGAAAUUGGCAGAAA